GGUGGUGGUAAAUCAUCGCAAGGCCUGGAAAAGUUCAAAGGGCUCUCGCGUGGUGUACAACAGAGGACCCCGGCGUAGCUUGCCUCCUGCUGGAAGCAAUCUACAGAGAGAGAGAGAGAGAGAGAGAGAGAGAGAAGCCAAAAGCAUGGGAAGAGCACCAUGCUGUUCUAAGGUGGGUUUACGUAGAGGGCCUUGGACGAACAAAGAAGACACGGUGCUUGUCAAGUACAUUCAAACGCAUGGAGAAGGUCAUUGGCGAUCCUUGCCUAAAAAAGCAGGGUUGCUGAGAUGUGGGAAAAGCUGCAGGCUGAGGUGGAUGAACUAUCUGAGGCCAGACAUAAAGAGAGGGAACAUCACUCCGGAUGAGGAAGACCUCAUCAUGAGGCUUCAUGCCCUCCUCGGAAACCGGUGGUCGCUGAUCGCUGGGCGACUGCCGGGCAGAACCGACAAUGAAAUCAAGAACUACUGGAACUCGCACCUCAGCAAGAGGGUCGCUACCGACAGCAAUGAAAACCACAGCAAGGGACUGAGAGGCCCAAAGAAGAGAAGCAACAACAACCUCAUCGCCGCCAACAAGAAGAAGAGGCGGUCAGAGAAGAGCCCUCAGGAAGAUCGAGAAGAAGAAGAAGAAGUCGCCACCACAAAGAAGAUAAAAGUCCACCAACCCAAGGCAAUUAGGGUUUCACACAUAUUCUCCAUCGCAAGGAACAACAGCUUCGAGACUGUGGAGGUCGCUGACGAAGAAGUGAUGGCGCAUGAUAAGCGCGAGAGCAAUGAUGUGAUCAUCAACAGUAACAAUGAUCUUUCGUGGAUGAUGAGUGAGGCUAAAGAACACAACUGGUUCUGCGAUGAUGAAGAUUACAAUGACAUGGUGGAUGUCGAAGGGUGCGGCGGCGGCGGCGGCGGCGGCGGUGGCUGUGGCGAUGAGAUGAUCUGCUCGAAUGAUGAUAAAAACACAUCGUCUUCUUCCCCAUGCCAUCGUAUUUGGUUACCCAACAACAACAAUAAGAAGAUGCUGGAGAAGAUAUUUGAGGAGUAUCACGAGCUGCUCAAGUCCGAGGAUCACCUCCAAAUGGAAUCUUUUGUGGAUUCCUUAUUGAUUUGAUUUUUCCAUUAGUUGAGUUUGGAAUGUGUAAGUGGAGCAGGUCGGUGCGUUGUCCCAUGUUAAUGAUCAUCCAUUGGAGAAGCUUUUCUUAUUUUAUAUUUUUACAUUUUAUUUUUUUUGGGUUUUUCUAGAAAUCUUUUGAAAGCUUCGCGUGUCUUCCGUCC